AUGGCAGAACAGAAAGAGGCUAACAGACUGACAGCCUUAGCUAGAGCUCAGGUGAAUGUGCAAAAUGUCAGGCAACAUGCACAACAUCCAAACCCUGAGGAUGAAUAUUUGGGGGACGAGGAGUUAUUGAACCCUGGUAACCCAAGGCGAGCAGAGCGAAUAGCUGUACAAGAAGCUGCUACAACUAGCUCUAGAAAGAUGUCUAUGGAGAACAUGAUAGAGAAAUUAUUGAAGAGAGUUGAGGCCACUGACUCUGGUGUAACCACUAUGAAGACCGAUCUGACAUCCAUCAGUCAAUUGAAGAAGAAGGCUGAGGAUGCAAAAUUCAGGAAAUUCCUAACAAUGCUCAACCAAUUAGCAAUAAACGUGCCUUUGGUUGAGGCAUUUGAGCAAAUACCACGAUAUGCAAAGUUCAUGAAGGACCUUAUGACCAAGAAAUGGAAGGUUAUUCAUGAGCCAGAGGACAAUCUUAUCCAUUGUGGUGCUAUCUCUACAAGGUCUUUAGUUCCAAAAAAGGCAGACCCGGGAGCGUUUACCAUUCUGUGUACUAUUAGUUCCCUGAAAUUCACCAAAGCAUUAUGCGAUUUAGGGGAUAGUAUAAACCUAAUGCCACUUUAUGUGAACAAGAAACUGGGCUUGGAGAAUCUUACCCCAACAAAUAUGCAGUUGAUGAUGGCCGAGAGGUCUAUGAAGCAGCCUGUGGGCAUAUUACACGAUGUUUUAGUAAAGGUAGACGAUUUUACUCUGCCUGCUGAUUUUGUAGUCCUAGAUUGUGAGGUGGUCUUUAAAGUUCCCAUCAUCUUAGGUAGAGCAUUCAUUGCAACCAGAAGUGUGAUCGUAGACAUGGAGCUGAACGAGCUGAAGUUCAGGCAAAAUGAUAAGGAAGCACGCUUUGAGAUAAACUCAUCCAUGACUCAGCAAAAAAAGAUGGGUGUUUGGUCAAUCAUUGAUAUGUUCUAUAAAGAUGAUAAAAGGGUAUCAACAGGUUAUCUUGGCGAAGUCUGA